GCAGUUUUCUGUCAAACUGCAAUAACAACCAAAGCACAACACGAAAUUUAAAAUUACGAAUAUUUUUGCUUGUGCAUGUGUAUUUCUCAAUCGCAGUUGAUAAGACCAGUCGCCCCGCUUAUUAUCCAACAUGGUUUAAUAACCUUAACGCAAGAACAUUACCAGGAUAUGGGCUUCUGAACAAUUGACUAUUUAUUCGUCACGAUGGAAGAAAAAUAUAUUUUAAGCCUUGAUAUCGGUACGACUACUAUUCGGUCCUACAUUUAUAAUUCCAGGGCAGAAGUAGUAGGAAAAGCCGUUGACCAGGUUAAGCUCGAGUAUCCUAGUCAUGGAUUUGUAGAAAUUAAUCCUGAUCAACUAUGGACUUCUAUUGUGGAAGUAGUCAAAAAGUCCUGGCAGGAUGCGGGACUGUCAGCGGGGCAGAUGACGGCGCUGGGCAUCUCCACCCAGCGGAGUACCUUCAUCACGUGGUCGCGGAGCACGGGGAAGCCCUUCCACCACUUCAUCACUUGGAAGGACAUGAGGGCUGACAAACUGGUCAAGCAGUGGAAUGAUUCCUUCAUUUUUAAGCUGUUCAAAGCUGGAGCUUACACUCUCUAUUUGUUGCUGCGGAGUAAAAGGUUUAAAGCUGGGAGUUCCCUCAAGUUUAUGAAUACACAGACAACAGUUAGAUUAAGUUGGGCGCUACAAAAUAUAGCCGCUUUGAAAGAUGCCGCCCAUAAAGGAGACGCCGUGUUUGGUACUUUGGACACGUGGCUACUAUACAAACUUACAGCCGGUAAGCUCCACGUGACCGACGCGUCGUCAGCCUCCGCCACGGGUUUCUUCGACCCGUUCACGUUACAAUGGGCCGGCUGGUGCACCAGUCUGUUCCGCAUCCCCGUGGACUCGCUGCCUGCUGUCGUGGACACUGCUGGGGACCACUUCACUCACACUGACAAGAGUGUGUGGGGACACGAGAUCCCGAUCCGAUGUUGUAUGGCGGACCAGACCGCGUCAAUCUGGGGCUCAUGCUGCUUCAACGUGGGCGACGUCAAGCUGACCAUGGGCACUGGGACCUUCUUCAACAUCAACACGGGAACUUCCCCUCACUGCAGCGUGGCGGGACUCUACCCGCUGAUUGGCUGGCGGCUGGGAGAUGAAGUACAGUAUGUGGCUGAAGGAGCUAUCAAUGAUACCGCUACGGUUAUCAAGUGGGCGCAAAAUUUAGGUCUGUUUGACAAGCCUGAGGACACGGCGGCCAUAGCCAACUCCGUGCCUGACUCCGACGGCGUGUGUUUCAUUCCUGCGUUCAGCGGACUUGGGCCCCCAUACAACGACGGCACGGCCGCCUCGGGCUUCAUCGGCAUGAAGCCCACGACGACCCGCGCGCACCUGGUGCGAGCCACGCUCGAGUCACUCGCCUUCCGCACCCGGCAGCUGCACGCGUGCGCCGUGGCUGAGACCAACUACCAGUUUCACACUAUUAGUCUAGACGGCGGCGUGUCCAACAACGACUUCAUAGCGCAGCUGAUCGCGGACCUGACGGGGCUGCGCGCGGAGCGGCCGCCGCACGUCGAGAUGUCCUCUCUAGGAUGCGCACAUAUUGUUGGACUGCAUCUGGGCAUAUGGAAAUCACGUGACGAACUGAAGGCAAACCGCAAACUCGGCCGCGUAUUCAAACCCCGCCCUCACGUGAGGAAAGCUUACGAAGCAACCUUUGCACGCUGGGAGGAGGCUGUCACGAGGCUCUGUGGCUGGUACACAGACAACAAGCCACAGACUAGCGCCGUCACAGACUCUAGCAGCAAUUCUGUGACGCCACAGAAUAGUUUCAAACUAUCCACGGAACUCCCGAAGAAACCAAAGAGAUUCAGCAAAUAGCAGUGGCUUUUUUCACUGCUAAUGUUCCUUGUAGCUUGCUUGCCUUUCCUGUUCAGGUGAUAUUUGCCUUGCCGAACCCGUGGGUUCCGUUGUUGGUAUAUUUUUAAUGGUUUAAGGCCCUGGGUGAGGUAAAUUAGGUAGAGAUUAUGAAAUUUUAUGUAGAUUUUAGUGCCUGGAUUUUAUAUUGUGUUAUUAGUUUUAGUGACGCAUAUCGCAUGAUAACGGAUGCAAUUUUAUUGUUUUAUGGUUAUUUUGGAUAGAAAAUCUACUUUUACAAGCUAAAAAGGCUAAGCAGGAAUGGUACGGUCAGGUUCAGAGAAACCUGACCCCCCUCUCAUAGUAACAAUGCUUCGGGGAGGGGUCAGGUUUCUCUACAUUCUGUACAUUUAGGAGGCUAGAUAGAUAUUUAGUUGUAGGUAAAGUUAAUAUAAAAAUAAAGUGAAUCCAUAUCAAUUUAAUCUUGCCAUUUAAUAAAAUGCUGAAUUAAUUACUAUGUUGUUUAUUCUAAAAUCUUUAUGGAUAUGAAAUAAUUGUACAGACUAUGCUUUGAAUAAGUAAUGCCCCCAUGAUUUAAUAUUUUAACGAGGCAGUCCCACUAUAUUACAUACAUGCAUCACAAUAUGGAUGCCAUCGUCAAAGAACAAUGCUCAAUAAUUGAAGACUGUAGGUAAUGUUGAUAAAUUAAGAUAUAGUCCACUUUGUAGCCUUAGUAGGGAUUAUGCAGAAAAAAUUAGUGUAGAACAAACAUCUAAAUUUCUAUCAUAUUAUUACCAUGUCACAGUAGUCUAAAAUAAUUACAAAUUACACUAAGGGUGAGACUCCAUUGCUGGGGUGCGAUGAGGUGCGGUUUUCCAUUAUAUUUUUUGCUACGAGAUCAUUAUGAAUACACCAUAUCUUAAUUGAAAUCAAAUAAAUAAAUGCAGUCCUAAUGGAUUGGCUCUGGGUUUGCUUGAUCAUUUGCUCAUGAUAACAUUCUAUGGCUCUGUUUCAUAUUAAUUUGAUAUAAUUAAGCAUCUAUGAAUAAUAAAUUAAUAACUUAAGACCUACUCAAAGAUGAUUCAGCCAAUCACAGCAUUGCAUUCCAUUCUCAAACUCUACUUAUCUUGACUUUUUCAGCUGUGAAACUGACAUUAUGUGAUAUAUGAUAUAUGACGUAUGAUAAUUAUGUAUUACUCAUUGGAGAAUU